UCCUCUGGCCCCUCUCCAACAGCUCCCUGUCUUUGUUGUGCUGGGGCUCCAGCCCUGGGCGCAGUGCUGCAGAUGGGCCUCAAAGAGCAGCGCAGAGGGGAACGACCCCCUCCCUGUCCCUGCUGCCAGCCCUGGUCUCUCUCUGCCCCACCAGGCUGCAUACGGAAGCUGGGCAGAAGGAAAGCAGAGCUUUUCCUCUGUGUGCCCGGAGUGCUGGGAGUGCUGGUGGGUGUCAUCCUCAUGUUUUGGAUGCUGUUUGGGACAGUGCGCCCACGUGAGCCGUGCCCACCUGCCCCAGCCUUCUCCCACGUGUGCCCCAAUGGCUGGGUCGGCUUCCAGGGGAAAUGCUAUUAUUUCUCGCACAACGAGAGAGACUGGAACAGCAGCAGGGAGCUCUGCCAGCAACUCGGAGCUGCCCUGGCCACCCUGGACACGGAGGAGGAGGUGGUGAGAGCGGGGGGUGAGCUGCAGUGCCAGCAUGGGGGUGGGAAACCCACACUUGUGGGGCUGCACCAACGGCUCCUGCUGCCCCCAGUUCACUCCACGGCAAAGCCAUGAGAUGCCCCCAGUUCAGCCUGUGCCAGAGCCAUGAGAUGCCCCCAAUUCACUCAGUGCCAAAGCCAUGAGAUGCCCCCAAUUCACUCAGUGCCAAAGCCAUGAGAGGCCCCCAGUUCAGCCUGUGCCAAAGCCAUGAGAGGCCCCCAAUUCAGCCCGUGCCAAAGCCAUGAGAUGCCCCCAAUUCACUCAGUGCCAAAGCCAUGAGAGGCCCCCAAUUCAGCCCGUGCCAAAGCCAUGAGAUGCCCCCAAUUCACUCCGUGCCAAAGCCAUGAGAUGCCCCCAGUUCACCCCAGGGCAAAGCCAUGAGAGGCCCCCAAUUCAGCCUGUGCCAAAGCCAUGAGAAGCCCCCAAUUCACCCCAUGCCAAAGCCACGAGGAGAUGCCUUUGGGAAAG